UAGUUAGUAAGGUGGCUGUUACCCAGGAUGUGGGGCCGUUCUUACUGUCUCCUAAUCUCCAUGGUAACCCCUGCUCUGGACAGCACACAGAAGUUUUACUUGUCUCUCCCAUACACACGAAAUCAAUAUGAAAUAGCCCUUUGAAACAGAGAUGUAGGAGUAGCCUUAAAUUAUUCAUCAUCUUUAUUACUAAUGAAUGCACUUCUGUGAGCCCUUAAAAACAGGGCAGCCUCAAUGUCAGUUUCUUGUGUCAUUGCUGGGCAGUCAGAACAGGACACUGACUCUCCAAGGAAUGCCACGUCUGGCAAUGUUAACUACUCAACUCGUCCUUCUUCCAAACCUGCUGAGUAAUCACUGCAGAAUGUUUGACUAAACUGAGUCCCCAAGGAAACUAAGGAAGGAGGAGAGUAAUGUGAUCCCUGCUAAUCUGAUGAAUACACUGAAGAUCAAAGUAAACUAGUUUCCCCAAAGAAAAAAGGAAAGAAUGGACCUAGAUAUGGCUCCAGCACUUUCUCUUCUCCACACUGUGAAAGGGGUGAAUACACACUCAGUGCCUGAUGCCCUUAAUAGUAUUGAGAAUUCCACUUAUAGAAUGGCCUUCAAAUUACGAUCACUGCAAACCCUGUGUCAAUUGGACUUGAUUGGCAGUUCUCUGAUUCAGCAAGUCCUACUACGUCAGAGUCUCUGGGAGGCAGGAGAAAGCAGCCUCUCUCUGCAGCAGCUUUUUCAGGCUCUGCAGGAGAUGUUCCAGAAAGUCAGAGUGGAAAAACCAGGACAGGUGUGCCCCAGGGCUUCGGAACUCACUCUGAGCCUUCUCACUACGAUGUAUGACAGCACAGGAACGGGUUUUCUCAAGCUUGCACCCGCAGCCGCCGCUCUGAUCACCCUCUCAGGGGACAGUCCUCUUACAAAAUACAGAGCUCUUUUUCAGCUCUAUGCAGAAAAUAACAGGGGAGGCCAUGAUUUGGGGGCACGCAUGACUCGAAGGGUUUUGAGAAACCUACUAACAGAUCUACAACAGAUUCCAGCUGUCGUUGGGGAAAGUCGUGCCCUGCGCUCUGUGGAGAGUGCUACGCGCAGCUGUUUCCAAGGGGUGUUGAGCCCAGUAAUCAAAGAAGAGAAAUUCCUGUCUUGGUUGCAGUCUGAGCCUCCCAUCCUCUUAUGGAUCCCAACCUGCUACCGACUGUCAGCCACUGAAAUGGCCACUCACCCUGUUCGCUGUAGAAUCUGCAGGAACUUUCCCAUCACAGGACUGAGAUACCGCUGUCUGAAGUGUCUCAACUUUGACAUCUGCCAAGUGUGUUUCUUAUCUAGUCUUCAGGGCGAGUCCCACCAGAAGUCUCAUCCCGUGGUUGAGAACUGCAUCCAGAUAUCAGCAAAGGACAAUACAAAACUCAUCCUCAAGACCCUCAGAAAUCUGCUCCAAGGGUGCUGUAGGAGAAAAGAAGCUGCGAGAAGGCAAUGGCUCCUGGACAAGGUGAAUCCGAAGGAAAUGGCUAACCAUGCACGGGCCAGGCUCCUUAAAAAGCAGUUAAACCGAUACAAAGACAAGUUGCAAGCCAUAUAUGCCUGCCAGGAAGAAAAAAGUUGCAGAUAUGAUAUAAAGAUUCACGAACUCACAAUCAAUCAGGACAGUCUGUGGACCAAGCUGCAGCUAACGGGACAGGAUCUACAGGCAAUUUUGCAGUCCCUCCAUCCUUCAUCUUUUUCCUGGCAAAAUGUGAUUGCCAAGGGUGACCACAGAAAGGGUGAAGAAUGAUUUGAGAACAGGGGAGGAGAUUCUUUCCAGAUCAAGGGUUCCACUGAGGAUGGUUCACAACAGGAAACAUUUCCUAAGUCCACUGUGAUUAAUGGAAGCCACUGAGGUCCAGUGCCUGCAAAACAUGCUCUACCAAACUCAGAAUUACCAGAGGCCACUUCAAAGCCGAGGCCAGCGCAAAGCCCCAGGGCACAAAGCCGAGCACAGAAGACCUCAAAGGAAACCUCUAGUGCCCUGCCCAGUUCCCAGGAAGGAUGGUUGCAGGACAUCCCCAAAAUUCCUCCUAUUGAAAUGACUGGUCUUGCUCUGGCACCAGGGGAAAAGAAAGGGGCAAUGAACAUCCAGGGGAAGGAUGAGCUAGAGGAAGAACUGCAAGAGCUUUUGUCAAAACUCACAGAUGCCUUCACUCUAGAAGUGCCUUCUGACCUGCAAUCUUCAGUAAACCUGGACCUGUAUUGUGGAGCUGAGCGAGUGUGCAGGGCCUUCUCUGCCCUUGUUGAUCAGAUCACCUUGAACAACCUGAAGUCAAAAGGAACCCAGAUUCCAAUGCCCUUAAGGUGAUGACGAAACAUGUUUUCAAAAUCUGGACUGACCGCACUAAACCUUCUACCUCUUUCUUGAUAGUCUGCUAUGAAGCAUGACACAAAUUUUAUUUUUUUAAUCUCUCUACUCUUGUGACUUAGUUCUUCAGAGUAAAGCCUUGGGAGUGAGGAGGGGUAGAGGGAAAUGGAAAGAAGAGGCAAUUCAAAUCUAGUUGUGCUGUACUUCCA